CCUGUGAGAAAAGCACGCCGCUGCCGCUGCUGCUGCUGCGGGGCUGAACUGACGCUGCGAAAUUACUCCGCCGCCGGACGAUGACGGCUCGAACAUAAACCUGCAUGUGCUGCUGUUACUACUGAAGAAGCAGCCCGGAGGACCGCUGAAACCCGAACUGAAGGAAUGUGCCGUUUCAUUGACUCGGUCCGGUGAAGUAACGUUAGAAGGUCAGCUCGGAUGGUGCGAAGUUUACGCACUGAAUUUGAAAUUACUCGCCGUAAUGCCGGUUUUUUUUCUUUUUACUUGAAUGAAUGACGCCGCCGCCGCUUAACAGGUUCCGCGGGCAGCUGAAAUUAAGGAAUUGGGAGAACUGGUGUGGGUAACACAGUUUUAGAAAACGCUAUUUGGAAGCAUCCCCGUCCUUUUUUGAGUGGAUUUGAGUCUCGCGCAUCAGUUAAAGCCCACAAGACAGGAGCCCGCGCGCGCUGGAGGGAUCAGGAUCACCGGGAUUCAGUUAACAUGAAGAGAAAAAUGUGAAGACCCCUGUGAAGAUUUGACCUGCAAGUUAGCCUUCAACAAGUGAAAGGAGAAGGUGUCCUCCCAUCUUCCCCUCAUCUGUUCUCUCUGCUUGUUCUGCAGUUUUCUCGCAGGCCCGUUAAACAUGGAGGGCCGGCGGGCUACACGCAGGACUUUAUCCCCUACAGCUACUCUGUUAGCUCUCUGGCUCUUAGUGACCCCUGUUUACUGCAGUGGGCAGACAUUUACUAGCUUCCACCCUGAACGUCGGGAGUGGGUCUUCAACCACCUAACGGUUCACCAAACCACAGGGGCGUUGUAUAUUGGAGCUGUCAACCGCGUGUACAAGCUCUCAGGCAAUUUGACCCUCCUUGUUUCCCAUGACACAGGCCCAGAGGAUGACAACAAGGCCUGCUACCCCCCUCUGAUUGUGCAGCCUUGCUCCGAGCCUCUUGUCUCGACCAACAAUGUCAACAAGCUUCUGCUCAUCGAUUACUCCCAAAAUCGGUUGCUGGCCUGUGGCAGCCUCUACCAGGGAGUGUGCAAACUUCUCAGAUUGGAUGACCUUUUUAUCCUAGUGGAGCCUUCCCACAAGAAAGAGCACUACCUCUCUAGUGUCAACCAGACUGGAACCAUGUAUGGGGUUAUUGUGCCUUCACAAGGCCAGGAUGGCACCUUGUUUAUCGGCACAGCUGUGGAUGGAAAACAGGAUUACUUUCCUACCAUUUCUAGUCGGAAGCUUCCCCAUGACCCUGAAUCUUCUGCCAUGCUUGAUUAUGAGUUGCACACUGACUUUGUGUCCUCGCUUAUCAAGAUACCAUCCGACACCCUGGCUCUGGUGUCCCACUUUGACAUCUACUACGUGUACGGCUUCGCCAGUGGCAACUUUGUUUACUUCCUGACAGUGCAGCCGGAGACACCGGAGAACAGCAUGUCAUCUAGCGGAUCCACCAGCGACCUCUUUUACACUUCUCGCAUCGUCCGCCUCUGCAAAGACGACCGCAAGUUUCACUCCUACGUCUCCCUCCCCGUCGGCUGUGUGAAGAACGGAGUCGAGUACCGUCUCCUGCAAGCGGCCUACCUUGGCAAGCCCGGCCGCGUUCUAGCUGCCUCGCUCAACAUCAGCGCCCAAGAUGAUGUGCUCUUCACCAUCUUCUCCAAGGGCCAGAAGCAGUUCCAUCGCCCACCGGAUGACUCAGCGCUGUGUGUCUUCACCAUCCGAGACAUUAAUGCAAGAAUCAAGGAGCGCCUGCAGUCCUGCUACCAGGGAGAGGGAAACUUGGAGCUCAACUGGCUGCUUGGGAAAGAUGUGCAGUGCACCAAAGCGCCGGUGCCCAUUGAUGACAAUUUCUGCGGUCUGGACAUCAAUCAGCCCCUCGGUGGGUCUCAGCUGGUGACCGGUCACACGCUCUACACCGAGACUCGGGACCGCAUGACUUCUGUCACCUCCUAUGUCUACAACGGCUACUGUGUUGCCUUUGUAGGCACAAAGAGCGGACGUCUGAAGAAGAUCCGCGUUGACGGGCCUCCUCACGGUGGUGUCCAGUACGAGACGAUAUCGGUCAUCAAGGACGGCAGCCCCGUCCUAAGAGAUAUGGCUUUCUCCCUGGACCGUAACUAUCUCUACGUCAUGUCGGAGAGACAGGUCACCCAAGUUCCCAUCGAGUCGUGUGAGCAGUACGGGACUUGUGGAGAGUGCCUGAGCUCUGGAGACCCACACUGCGGCUGGUGUGUCCUGCAUAACAUCUGCUCUCAGAGGAACCGCUGUGAGCGUGCAGAUGAGCCGUACCGCUUCGCCGCCUCUCUCAACCAAUGUGUGAAGGCCACGGUGUACCCAGACAGCAUUGCGGUGUCAGAGCCCAGCGUACCUCUGCUGGUGAGGGUGAGCCAUGUUCCAGACCUUUCUGCAGGCAUCACCUGCUCCUUUGGCAACCUGACAGAGGUGGAAGGUCAAGUCAAUGGCAACCAGAUCCUGUGCGUGUCUCCUGCUGCCAAGGAUGUCCCUCUCAUCCCCACAGACCAAGAUUGGUCGGGCGUUGAACUCAGGCUCAAUUCAAAGGAGACAGGUCAGAUGCUCAUCAGCACAGAAGUCAAGUUUUACAACUGCAGCGUGCACCAACUGUGUCUGUCAUGUGUGAACAGUGCCUUCCGCUGCCACUGGUGCAAGUACCGCAACUUGUGCACCCAUGACCCCUCCAGCUGUUCCUUCCAGGAGGGACGAGUCAACGCCUCCGAGGACUGCCCCCAGCUAGUCCGCUCUGAGGAGAUCCUGAUCCCUGCAGGCGAAGUAAAGCCCAUCACCCUGAAAGCCAGGAACCUUCCUCAGCCCCAGUCAGGCCAGCGGGGCUACGAGUGCGUCCUCCACAUCCAGGGGGUCAGCCACCGAGUCACCGCCCUGCGCUUCAAUAGCUCCAGCGUGCAGUGCCAAAACAGCUCGUAUCUGUACGAGGGGAUGAAAAUCAGCGAGCUUCCUGUGGAUUUCUCAGUAGUGUGGAAUGGCAACUUUAUUAUUGAUAACCCAGAGAAUAUCCAAGUGCACCUGUACAAGUGUGCAGCCCAGCGGGACAGCUGUGGCAUGUGUCUAAAGGCAGAGAGAAAGUUCCAGUGCGGCUGGUGCAGCGGCGAGGGAAGAUGCACCCUGCGGCACCACUGCCCUCCCAUCAACCCUUACACCACCCGCUGGCUCAACCUGUCCAGCAAGAACGUGAAGUGCACCAACCCACGCAUCACCGAGGUGACCCCGGUGGCUGGACCCCCAGAGGGAGGCACAAGGGUGACCAUCCAUGGCACAAACCUGGGUCUGGCCUUCUCAGACAUGGUAGGCAAUGUGGAGGUGGCAGGUGUGAGGUGCACCCCUGUGGAGGAUGGCUACAUUAUCGCUGAACAGAUUGUAUGUGAGAUGGAUCCGGCUCUUUCUGACAGCAGACCAGGCCCGGUCCAGCUGUGUGUUGGAGAGUGCAGACCAGAACUCAGAGCACGCUCCUCACAGCUCUACUCUUUUGUGACCCCCACGGUCACAGGUUUGUCCCCCAGCAGGGGUCCAGAGUCCGGGGGCACCAAAGUCACCAUCAUAGGAGAGAACCUCGGCGCCGGAAGCAGCGUCAACGUUCAGUUUGGAAACCAGACCUGCGAAUUCUUCGGGCGGACUAUGACGGAGAUUGUGUGCUACUCUGCCCCCUCCCUGUCUGGGGUCGGCCUUGUGCAGAUCAGCGUGAGCGUGGACCGGGCCCAGAUCAAGGAGAGCCUUACCUUCGAGUACAUAGAAGACCCCACGGUCCAGCGUAUUGAACCUGACUGGAGCAUUGCAAGUGGCCACACCCCUCUGAUGGUGACGGGAACCAACCUAGACGUGGUCCAGGAGCCAAGGAUCAGGGUCAAAUAUGCUGGCCGAGAGUCCGUCAAUGUGUGUAAAGUGUUGAACACCACCAGUAUGAGCUGCUUCGCUCCCUCCCUCAUGGCAGAGUAUCACCCGGGUUUGGACACUGUGAAACACGCUGAUGAGUUUGGGUUCAUCUUCAACAACGUGCAGGCGCUGCUGGUCUACAACAACACCAACCUCCUCUACUACCCCAACCCUUACUUCGAGCCUCUCAGCACCACAGGUGUCCUCGAGCAAAAACCGGGCUCGCCCAUUAUUCUCAAGGGCAGAAACCUGGUUCCCCCGGCGUCAGGAGGGGUGAAGCUUAACUACACGGUGCUGAUCGGAGAGACCCCCUGCUCCGUCACUGUGUCCGAGAGCCAGCUGCUGUGUGAGCCCCCCAACCUCACCGGACAAUACAAAGUCAUGGUCCAGGUAGGCGGUCUCCACGUCUCUCCAGGUGCGGUCCACAUCAUGUCUGACAGCCUCCUCACCCUUCCAGCCAUCGUCAGCAUCGCCGCCGGCGGAGGCCUCCUCCUCAUCAUCGUCAUCCUCGUUCUCAUCGCCUACAAGCGCAAGUCACGCGAAAACGACCUUACCUUGAAGCGCUUACAGAUGCAAAUGGACAACCUGGAGUCACGCGUCGCCCUGGAGUGCAAAGAAGCCUUCGCUGAGCUGCAGACAGACAUCAAUGAGCUUACCAGUGACCUGGACAGAGCCGGAAUCCCCCAUCUGGACUACAGGACGUACGCCAUGAGGGUCCUCUUCCCUGGCAUUGAGGAUCAUCCUGUCCUCAGGGAGCUGGAGGUGUCAGGGAAUGGUCAGCAGAACGUGGAGAAGGCCCUGAAGCUGUUUGGCCAGCUCAUCAACAACAAAGUUUUUCUGCUCACCUUCAUACGAACGCUGGAAAUGCAGCGCUCCUUCUCCAUGAGGGACCGUGGCAACGUGGCCUCACUUAUCAUGACUGCUCUGCAAGGGCGCCUGGAGUAUGCCACCGAUGUCCUCAAACACCUGCUGUCGGACCUCAUCGACCGCAACCUGGAGAGCAAGAACCAUCCUAAGCUGCUACUGCGCAGGACUGAAUCUGUGGCUGAGAAGAUGCUUACAAACUGGUUCGCCUUCCUGCUUCACAAAUUCCUCAAGGAGUGUGCUGGGGAGCCUCUGUUCAUGCUGUACUGCGCCAUCAAGCAGCAGAUGGAAAAGGGCCCCAUCGACGCCAUCACUGGAGAGGCCCGCUACUCCCUGAGUGAAGACAAGCUCAUCCGCCAGCAGAUCGAGUACAAAACUCUGAUCUUAAACUGCGUGAACCCCGACAACGAGAACAGCCCGGAGAUCCCGGUGAAGGUGCUGAACUGUGACACCAUCACCCAAGUGAAGGAGAAGAUCCUGGACGCUGUUUACAAGAACAUGCCCUACUCUCAGCGACCACGAGCUGUCGACAUGGACCUCGAGUGGCGCCAGGGGCGGAUGGCUCGCGUGGUGUUACAGGAUGAAGACAUCACCACUAAGAUAGAAAACGACUGGAAGAGACUCAACACUCUCAUGCACUACCAGGUGUCAGACCGCUGUGUCGUGGCUCUGGUGCCUAAGCAGACCUCAUCAUACAACAUCCCCUCCUCAGCCAGCAUAUCCCGCUCCUCCAUCAGCAGAUAUGACUCUUCAUUCCGAUACACGGGCAGUCCUGACAGCCUGCGUUCCCGUGCCCCCAUGAUCACACCUGAUCUAGAAAGUGGUGUGAAGGUAUGGCAUCUGGUGAAGAACCAUGAACAUGGAGACCAAAAGGAGGGAGACCGAGGCAGCAAGAUGGUCUCUGAGAUUUAUCUGACCAGGCUACUAGCCACCAAGGGUACACUACAGAAAUUUGUGGACGAUCUGUUUGAGACGCUGUUCAGUACAGUUCACCGAGGGAGCACACUUCCCAUCGCCAUCAAAUACAUGUUUGACUUCCUGGACGAGCAGGCAGACAAACAUGGAAUCCAUGACACAGACGUACGUCACACGUGGAAAAGCAACUGCCUUCCGCUGCGUUUCUGGGUGAAUGUGAUCAAGAACCCGCAGUUUGUGUUUGACAUCCAUAAGAGCAGCAUCACGGACGCUUGUCUGUCUGUAGUAGCUCAGACUUUCAUGGAUUCUUGCUCCACUUCAGAGCACCGCCUGGGCAAAGACUCCCCAUCCAAUAAGCUGCUCUACGCUAAAGAUAUCCCCAAUUACAAGAGCUGGGUAGAGAGGUACUACGCCGACAUCAAUCGGCUGCCAGCCAUUAGCGACCAAGACAUGAACGCUUAUUUGGCAGAGCAGGCCAGACUCCACUCUACGGAGUUCAACAUGCUCAGCGCUCUCAAUGAGAUCUACUCUUACGUCAGCAAGUACAGUGAAGAGAUCACAGCGGCCCUGGAGCAGGACGAACAGGCGAGGAAGCAGCGGUUAGCCUACAAGGUGGAUCAGCUCAUCUCUGCCAUGUCCUUCGAGAGCUGAGAGUGAAAGAGAAGGGACCAUAAUCUCUUAGGACCACUCAAAAAUAUGGUCCGGCAUUACUUACCUCUCAUCAUGGGAGCUAGCUUGAACCAUGAGCCAGACCUGGGACCUCUCUGUAUCCACAGCCGGACGGACUUCAACUGCUUUAGUUUGUAUUUCUCCCACUCCUCCCAUGAUGGCACCAGCUCUGAGCCCACAGACUAAUAAUAUACGAGGCCCUGCAGCCGGAGCUGAUAAUGGCGUGAGGGAGGAACAUCAGCAGAGAAGGCAUCAACAUGGCUUGUAUUUAUUUAUUUUUUGUUUCUUUUUCUCAAAGGAUAUUUUCUCCCAGUUUGACAGGAAAUUGUAUGUUGUGCGUGGGUGUGCGUGUGCAUGAGUGUCGUGCAGAAAAAGACUCCCUGAGCAAAUGGAGAGACAGAUUUUAUUCUCGACUCACUUCUGAGUGUGAAACGGACACAAGUCAAGACCCAGAAGAGCAGAUCUCAAGCUGGACAGCUGAUUUCGCAUUCAGAUUUUUAUUUUUGUACCUGUACAUUUGAAUAUUAUCAGUUGCAGUUGAAAUAUGCCACACAGGAUCCCAUACAUGUUGUAUAAAGACAUAAAGAGUGUAAACACUCAUCAGAGGUGGUGUGUCACAAACAGGCCAUGGUCUACGUCUUCUCUCACGCCACCCCUCCUCGGACUGAUGCUUCACACAACACUAAUGCUCUUUAUCCAAUCAGAAGUGUACAGGAAACAUGAAACUGUGUGUUCAUCAUGGAAGAGUGAACACUUGCGGUGGUCACGGUUCAGCCAGCAUGCUUGCACCUAAACCUGAGGAUGACGGAGAUGAAGUGUAUUUAGGAGAUGACCUUAAAAUCAGCAUCACUCUGGUGUCCAAGGCUUUUUCCAGCAGUUAGGUCAUCUAUGUAUGUACCAGUUGCCAAUCAGUGUAUGUGAAUGUACAAAUGUUUUAUUUGUUUGUUUGUUUGUAUGUCUAUUUGAGUUUUGCAAACAGAAAGGGGCUCAGUUGAACUGAGCUCCAUAGAUAUUUGCAGUAGCUCGUCAAUUGAACAACUCCAUUUGUCCGUCCUGGCCCCGAACCAUCCGACCGCUUCCCAAACAUUAUUUACCCUCAGUGUGGCUAGCAUUGCUUCUCAUACAGCACAGUAUGUACAGCUAGAGACAGCCAGCAGCAAUGAAACAUGUUCACAUGGUGGCCAUUCUCCUCUGUCUUUACCCUUAGGGUGAUAAUGUACUGUCCCACUAAGUCAUAUACGUGUGGGUAAUCUCACUGAUUUCCCCUCUUCAUGACUAAUAUUUAACUGAGAAUGACAUCAAGCCAAUGUCAAAACAAAUUAUUUUAUAGUGUAUUUGAUGCAGAAGCCCUAAGGAGACAUCUAUUCACACAUUUAAUGCAAUAACAAGUAAAGCUAUUUUCUGAAGAUCUUAACUAAUUUAUGUCUAUUUCGAGUUAUCAGUGCUUCUUUCCCUGUUGUAUCAUGUCAAUCUUAGCCAUUCUCUUGAGAAAAAUAACAUGGUAACACUGGAAAGCAGUGUUUUAUCUCAAGAUAGCAAAAAAUAAGUCAACUUGUCCUGUAAAAGCAGAGAAACCUGACUUGUGUUGAUGUUUGUCUACCAAGGGCUUCCAUAGGCUACAACCAGAAGACAGCUAACUUUAUCAUUAAGCUGCUUUCUGGUUAAAAUUAUCAUUUAACUAGCAAUGUAAGCUAUGAAAUAGCUAUGAAAUGCUAACUUUUUCCCACCCAGUAUAUGAGAUGAUGUCAACUUUCAGUGACUCUUAAGCUCAAGGGUGGGCAACAGGCGUGGGCCACGUGCGGCUACCCUCUUCACUCAAUGCGGCUAAAUGUUGAUUUCAAGCAUCAAUAAACUGUAAAUGUAAAGGAAACAUGACCAAAUCCAGCCAUGAAAACAGUAAAAUUGGAAAUAUUGUCAUAGUAAUACUUAAUUACUAGCAUUUGUUUCUGUAAAAACUUUUUUGCUUUUAUCAACUUUUCUGUUAGAAAAGCUGUAGCAAAUGUGCUAGCUGCAUGGUGGCCCCAUGCUAAUAUUUAGCUAUUUCUAAGCUAAUAAAACUAUUAGCUGGAAACGACUGAAUGCUAAUAUUUGUAUUUAUUUACUUCUUGAUUGGUUCAAUGAUAAACAGAGAGCAUUAAAAUCAAGAGAGGCAUCAAGUCACAUUUAAUAUGGAGAAAAAUUAACCAAAUUGUAACCACCAGGAAACGGCUAAUUUUAAAAUUUUGGUUGUUAAUUUGCUGCAAUUAUUAUUGAAGUACUUUCUUACUAAUACAUAUCAUACCAUUAGCUAUUGGAGUCAAAGGCUGAAUGUCUAAAUACACUCCAAAUACAGUGAGUAUUACUCUUUAGCAAAUACAGUUAGCAGCAAAGUUGCUGAAUGCUAACAUUUAUAUGUAUAUGUAUUAUUUAUUAUGACGUGUGCUGCUGACCUCUUGGCCAGGUCACCCUUGUGAAAGAGAUUUCAGUCUCAAUGGGUUUUUUAUCUGGUUAAAUAAAGGUUAAAUAACUAAAUAAAAUAAAUUUAUCUGGUUUACUAAAGGCUACAAAGUAGCUGAUACCAGUUAGCUACUUUAAGCUAAUAAAAUUUGUAGUUUCAAAGUGGCUAAAUUCCAAAAUAUAUCUACUUUAAAGCUAACAUAACUGGUAGCCAUAAAGUGAAUGAAUGCUCACCUUUAACUUCUCUCAAGCUUAUAAAGAUGGUAGCUAUAAAGUGGUCAAAUGUCAGCAUUUAGCUACUUUUAAGCUAACAUAACUGCUACCUACAAAAUGGCUGAAUUUUAGCGUCUUUUGAGCUUUAAAGUGACUGAAAUUUAGCAUUUAGCUACUUUUAAGCAAACAAAACUUGUAGCUUCAGAGUGGCUGAUUGCUAAUAUUUUGCUACUUUAAGCUAGCAGAAUUUGUAGCUUCAAAGUAGCUGAAUGCCAACAUUCAGCUACUUUGAAGCUAACACACCUGCUAACUACAAAGUGGCGAAAUGUUUACAUUUUUCUGAUUUUAAGCUAACAGAAUUAGUAGUUUAAAGUGGCUGAAUGCUAAUUCCUAGGUUAAAUGUAGGUUCAGUUUAGCUUAUAAAAUAUUGACUUUAUUCAGCUAAAUGCUAACCUUAGCUGUUGUUGCUUUCUACCGUUACUUUGUUGGCAAAGGAAAAUGACCACCGUGUGAAAAUGCUGAAUAGGUUUCUGUAGGUUAAACACCACACACCUUUACUAAUGUUUUUCUUUGGGAACAACUUUAUGUCUACCUAACAUGCAUGCUAUCACACUUUAGAGGUCUUCUAAGGGUCCAUCCUUGAUUUCAUCAAGUGCCAAUGAGUAAUGCCAGUAUCAGUUGGCCAGUUGACCACCACCCAUUUUCUUGCAAACUUAAUAAGAAGCCUGUCUGCGUGGGUCUACUUUGACCAAGUGCCAAAAGUUACUGUUGUUUCAAACUGUUCACUUAAUGUGUCAAAAUAUCGGUUUAUGCUUUACAGAGGGAGCAAAGCUCUCAUUUUCGGUGCAGAGCUGGGUCAAGUUGAGGCUUACAUAGCUGGAAUGGCUGGUUUUGAAACUCAUGAAAGGUACGAACAAAAAGCAGGAGGAAAGAAAUCAUAAAAACACAUUGACGAAUAUGUUUCAUAUUGUGUGUCUCCUGACUUAAAACCAAAACGUCACAAGCUAAAAGGCUGAUGUAACCUUCCAACCUUCUAGCUGGAUGGCAACAAACUGUAGAUCCCGUCCUCUGGAAAGAUGGUUUCAUUUUCUUCCGAGAUACAUCUUCGCUUGUUGUUUACAUCAAGUACUUGAAAAUAGGUAGUUUUAAAGGUUUGCACAGUAUACUGCAAUUGUGUUGUUGAAAGCAUGACAAACACCAGUAGUAAGUGAACGGUGCUUCUUUUCUCUGUGGCCUUAGAUACCCACCUGCUUAGUGUUCCUGAUCUUAUUAGUCCUCAACUCGGGCGCAGUCCUUUCCGUGCUCUGGACCCCAACAGUUUUUCACUGAUACCUGGCUACACCGCUCUGUUGCAAACUGUCUUAGCAAGAUAAAGUAAAAAAGGAAAGGUGAAGAGGGUACGGCCGGGCUCAGGCAGACAUCUCCUCUUCCAGCGCUCGACUCGCCUGAGCUGUUUGAAGAGAAGUGUCGAGAAAUGAGGAGAGAGGGAGAGGUAGAAAGAGAGAGAGAGAGAACCCCUUUAGCUCUAGUUUCCUGCCCCGGCUUUGAAGCUGCUCUUUGAUCUGGGUUGGUUGUGUGCACAGUGUGAUCAGGAGAUGGAAAGAAAAAAAAAAAACAUCAAACUAACAGGCAAGGAGAAAUGUAGGAUGAGGUGAUGAUUGACACGCUGUUACUGUGUCUGACCAGUGGGGGCAGAAGUGAGAGAGAGAAGUUGGAUUAUUUCCCCCCUUAUGUGAAAAAACACCUUCUUACUCACUAGCCCCAUAUUUAACAUCUAUAGGUACACAAUGGCACACAUAAACAGUACAUACACAAAACUUCUUCCUUUUGAUUAAGGUGUCUUCCCAAUUUCAGCGAAUAGAAUUGUAUCCUCCUCAUACCUCACAUUGCUUGUAUGGAGUAAUGCUUUUUAUCAUUUUAACAGGACCUAAAUGCCUUUUUCCUUUUUGCAAGGGAUGAAAUGUAUGUUUAAUAGAGUCUUUCCAACUCCUAGAUGAGCUCCCCUGUAUUCAGAAAUGUGACAACAUAAUCAGAGGCACACAAAUUGGUUAGCGAGUGGCUUUGAUUUUUCUCUCGGAGAUCAUUUCUAUCAAGAUGUUUCCUUUUUGUUUUAUGUGAGAUUUUUGCAUGCAUUUUAAUUCACGCUUUAGUUCUGCCUGUUAUUUCAUAUUGAUUCACUCCAUCAUUAGUCUGACUGCAAUUCAUCCCGUAAGCCCAUUUGUACACGUCUUAAAUCACAGCUGAAUGCACCUUUUUUUUUUAAAUUUUUUGUGAAAGAGAUUUUUUGUUACUAGUUAGAGCUUGUUUCCAUGCUGUACACUCAUUCCUGGGAACAUCUAAAUUCACUCUGAACUGAGAAGAGAGAAGUUUGUUUACUCUUUCUGCAGCGCAGAAUCCCAUUUGACUGCCAGUUUUGUGAAAUAUGGAUAGAUGCUCAUAAUAACAACCUCAUUUCAGCUCGAGCUGACGGCUAAUUGAAGAUGCUUUGUGCACUUUUUUUGCUCUAAGGUGUUGCCGAAGAGAUGGUGUUGUGGUUCUGACUGGCAUGUGUCAUUCCUUUAUAUAAAACAAAGCAUUUAUUCUGCAUUUUUGUUUGUUUUAUGGCAUCAAACAGGGGAACUUAAAUCCACAUCAAUAUAUUACUCUCAAGUCAAAAUAUCAUCACGUAUAAAAUGAGUAUCCUUCCAUUUAAAACACAUUGUAAACAAACCCUUUGUAGACACUGGAGUUCUGUAAAAUAGUACUUACUGGCAAUGAUGAUGAUGAUGAUGAUGAUGAUAAUAAUAAUGGCUGUCUGUUCUUCUUGUUUUAUAAAAGUGUUGUGAAAAUUGUAAGAAACUUAAAGUAUUUAAAAAAGGUUGUUCUCUUGUUUUUUUUAUUUGCUUUGGUUUUGUUAUGAUAAUAUAUUAUUGUGUACCUAUUGUAAAUAUGAAGCACACCUAUUUUGCAAGCCAAGGAUUCACUUUGUA